AUGCACAAGCUGUCAGGUCUUCAGUUGCAGGCAGAUGAGUUUACAUAUAGAGCAACAAUCCAAGCAUGUGGAUCCAAAGCGUGGGAAACAUCACUUCUCCUUUUGAAAGAGAGGACAUGCAUGAGCUUCAUGCCCAACAAGUUCAUCUUCAGCGCUUGCAUCUCCUGUGCGGCAAAAGCGGGUCAAUGGCACAUCGCUUUGUCGCUUUUGAACGACAUGCAACAACAGGAGGUGAAGGCAGAUAACAUUUGUUUUAAUUCUGUACUCAGCGCAUUUCAGAAGAAGGAGUGGCUGAAGGCUAUCGAGCUCGCCAACAGCAUUUCAAAGCAGACAUUGCGACGCUCUGCCAUUACUGGUUGUGGUGAUUGGCAAAUGGCCCUCGAACUUCUAGCUCAAAUGGACUGCAGGGCAGUGCAAAAAGAUGCUUUUGGAUACAGUGCGAUCAUAAGAGCAUCGGUAAAAAGAUCUGAGUGGCUCCGGGCCUUACACUUCUUAACAUCCAUGGAGCAGCUUGCCAUCAAAGACCCCUCCAGCGUAGCCUUCAAUGCAGCACUCAGCGCCGAUUUUUUGGGCGACUGGCGGAAGACCCUCGAUAUGCUGCUGACCGGCAGAGCACGUCGGACGCAGAUCACCGAGAUCACCUUUAGCACAGCUAUUGCGGCAUGCGAGAAUGGCAUGCAGCAGCAACUGGCUUUAUCUUUGCUGUGGGACGCAGAGGACUCUUGCAAGCCUGCAGCUUUCUGGGCGUACUCAGUGCGAAUUGCCUGCAAGACGUUGACCUUGCUCUACGGAGCCUGGGACGAAGCCUCGACGCUAUCGACAGUCGAACAGUUCCAUCUCCCAUUUCACCGCCUUCGGACCUUUCAGAAGAUGGAACAACUGGGAGACCGGAUCGGACCGGGCGAGGACCGAGCGCGGGCACCGGUGACGCAAUCCAGCGGGCAAGGCAAGCCCGCUCUCACCAAGGUCACAGCCCCUUUGAGUCCGGAGUUUGCGUCAGUGCUUGAGCAGCUGGUGCCCAAGUCCAAGGCCAGGCGAAUGUGCAGAUGUGAAACCAUCAACAAGUGUGAAAAAGAGGCAGCCGCAAUUGGCGUUUGGUGUUCUCAAAUGCUUUACAGUGCUGAGAACUACAUGGGCUGUGCAGCUUUGCUCUCCUGCGAGCGUCGUGGACAAGAAAUUUGGCUCACGUGCCCUGAUGGCUACGAGCCGGAUUGUGUUACAGGCUGUGUGCCGUUUGAGAAAGAUUGUCCAGAGAACGAUGUGGAUCUCAUCUCUUGGGUACGGAAUCAUGGCGGUUUUGUUGACGAGCGUUUGGUCAUCAGAGAUGGAGACCAUGGCCGAGGUCUAUUUGCCAAGGAUGGGGAAAACAUCGCAACAACUGAUUUAUUGGUGUCCUUGCCCUUGGAGCUGAUCAUUACAGACAAAUCUUCACCAUGCGCUGCCGUCCGACAGCUGCGGAAUGAGUUACAGCGAGGUAAGUGUUCCUUUUACUGGCCAUAUUUGAAGACAUUGCAUGGCGCGCACAUUUCGGUGCCAGAUGUGUGGUCCUUUGAGGAACGAUCUUUGUUGGAUGGAUUGCCAACACCACGGGGUGGCUGGCAAAGUUAUUCAGCCAAAUAUUUCACUGAUUGCCUUGACACAAACGCUGAUGCCUUGACCUUGCACGCUUUGAUGCUCUACCAUACGCGUGCUGGGCCUUUUGGUCGCUUGGCUUUUAGAGGAAUCUGA